CUCGCCCGGGACGGCAUAUCCCAGGCACCCUGACUGACAAGUGUCGGUGGGUGUCGAUCUGUGGCCGCGACACCCACGGUCGGCCGCUCCCAGCUCCGCCCACGGUCGAGUCGUUAAAGUCAGGAGGAUCAGCACGGCGGCGAGAACGGCAGACACAGCUCGCCCGCCAUGAAUUUUUACGCCGCGUCCAACAUGCCCGUGUACCGGGUGGAACGGGAUCCGCGGCCGAAGAGCUCAAAGCAGGGCUCCAAGCAGGGUUCCAAAAAGUCGAGGAUCCUAGGUCUCCAGAGUCCGCCGAGGGAACCUGUGCCACCCCCCGUCCGACCAGUCCGCCCCGUCACGUCAUCCGACGUCGUGCCACAUGAGGCCCGCUCCAUCGAUGGGCUUUUGGACCCUGCCGUCGAUGGCCCGCCGUCUCCAGAGAGCAUCCGCGAGCUGAGCCAGCAGGUGAAGCGCGCCUCCGUUCGAGACAAACACCACAGCCACCAGACCAGCUCUUCCGGCUCGUCCUCGUUGCGGUCGCUGACCUCGGCCGACCAUCCGUCGUGGGAGAACGCGCUUGAAGGGAGGACGCUUUCGAGGAAAUCCUCCGGGCGGUCGACGUCCAGCAGUAUGCCCCCGCGGGACCGGCCUGAGAGCGUGCAGAUAUUUGGCAAGACCAUCUUCAACCGGCGAGGCAAGACUAGGCGCGAGAGCAGCGCCCAGAGCUCGUCGAGCUCUAUCUACUCGACCGACGCUGUGGCCGAUUCCACGAUGGCGCCUCCGCCGACCUCGGCCCCAAACCGGGACUCGACGAUUCCCGCCCUCUUCGGUCUUCGUCGGAGCACCAAACAGGAUCAGGCCGCCCAGGCGCAGCGCAAACUGAACAUCUCUGGGCCGUACAACUUCCAGCAUGUGGCUCACACGCAGCAAAAGGACCGCGUCACGGACCUGCCACGGACCGGCCCGGCCGCUCAAGCACCGGCCCCUGGCAUGCACUUUGUCGACUUUUCGACCGAUUCGCUCCCCUUGGAAGGCGAGGACACUAUGACGGCCUUCCCCGAGCUGCAAAUGACGACGUCGCUCACUCGAACGCCGUCUGUGCUGAAGAAGCACUCGACUCCACGGCGACUGCUCAAACGCUCUCAGUCUCAGGAACAAUUGAGCAUGGGUAUACCGCCGCCGCGUCCUCCGCGGUCCCCUAUCGACCAGUCGGCUAUGGGCGGUCCCGUCCCGCCUCCACGCGGCUCCAGUCGCACGUCUGUGCGCCACGAGCGAUUCGACUCGGUUGACCGGCCACAAACCAGCGCCAGCGUCCGCUCCGCGCACUUGUUUGCCGACCCCGGAAGUCCCCCUCCAACGUCUUACGGUUAUUCACCGGCCCCAGACAUGGACGCAAUCCCCGAGCAUGCGUAUCCCAACGCCAUGGGUCAGCGCGACGAUGCCAAUUGGCCACUGCCGUGCCCCAGCAGCACUGCAUCCGAGUACACCCUGCCCAACGUUCCGGAAGAGGACGAAAGCGCUGUGGCAGCGAAGAAGUCCCGGGCGAGCGUUGCCAGUAACUCGUCGCUCCGCGGUAGCCAGUCUGUCCCCAUGUUGAGGGCGCUUUCCGCUCGUCACAACGACGACUCGGGACGCCGGCCGAGUGACGCUUCGGACACCCUGGGUCGGUUCGAUUUGUUCGCUGCGCAGCGGGCUCUCAAGGCGGCGUGGGUUGAGGGCGGUCGGGGCGGAGCGCUUCCCCGCGAGGCUUGGGAGGACGACAUCGACUACUGCUAUGAGCACGAGGCGGAGGCUGAUUGCGACUUCGAGUGGGGUCGGCCGUCGUUUGAGACGAGCAGGGACGGCGACACAGCAACGCCUGUCGACGACCACGGAAGGGCCACUAGCCCCCAUGAGGCACCACCUGCAACGCUGACUCCCGGGCAGUUCGAUGUGCCGGCUCUCAGCCCCGCCAGCCAAAUUUCGUCGGCGACCACGCAGGAAGCGAUCACACCAACCGUGGUGAAUAACCCAAAGGCGUCGAACUUCUCGUUGCCAAGGGUCGAGUCGAAGAACUUGCCCCAUGAUCGAAAGCCGUCGGACGCGUCCAGCUUCAAGGAAUCGCACGGCUUCACUCUGUCUCCAUCUCUCCUGAUCCCCAUGGACUACCAGCAGCAGAUGAUGGCCUGCGAGGCGGAAAGGCAAGACGCUUCCGACUCUGCAUUUCGUCGGUUUGACGAGCCAACACUGAACAUGGACCCAUCAGCCCUGCUUCUUCGGUACCGCACCAGCGCCUCGACGACCGGCACCAUCGAAAGCGCCAACUCGGCGUUCGAUAAGCACAUCUCGACGGCAUCCACAGCGACAGACUACACCCGCCUGACGGCGAGCACUGCCUCGCUCGACAUGGAGACUUGCCCCCCCACGGCUGAGCCGCUGCAGCGUUUCCCGUCGUUUGAGUCGCACGGUCGAGGCGACGGCAAGAGUGCCAUGCCCCCGCUCCCCGAGUCGGAAGAGGCGGCCCAGCCGGCCACCCGGCGCCGCGACUUCGGGAGCCGAGGGAGUGAGUCUAACCUCAACAGACUGGCCAUGGAUGAGCCUUGGCCCGGGAAGGCGAAAUCGUCGAUCCUGGUGAGGCGAGGACGCUCGCGGACUGCAAGCCUGAGCACACCGCCCCCGCCGAAUCAAUACGCGAUCUUCCCGUCGGUGCAGUUGAGCGGCAACCGGAUCUAAACGGAGUACGGAUCGUCAGCCUCUGUUUGACGAAUAUCCACCGAUAUAACAAAUACUUGACCCCAGGAGUGACAUCUCCAAUCCUUCCAUAGACCUGUCACCACGCCAGGCUCUAUGUCCUCGACAUAUAUCUCUAUUUGGUUCAAACCCCAAGGGCCGGGGCGGCGCAAACAAAAAA